AUGCUUUACCUACGUCGGGCAUUUAGCACAUCUUUCAGAGACUUACAGCAUAGAGCAACCCGCAAGAGCCGGUCAUCAUUCGAUAAAAGCUUCGACAGUGUAGCGAAGAGGAAAGCCAAGGCAUGGGAAUCAUCCGAUCUGGAUAAAGAUACUUGGUUUAAAAAGAAAUACUCGCAUGUCCACGCCAAUAGGUCUCCGACGGUAGACAGGUAUGGGAAAAAGGCUGCACAUUUGGAUAAAUUGGCGCAUCUCAAAGAAGAGGGGAAGGAAAGACGCCUUGAACACCGGAGCAAAUUCGGUAAAAGGCACGCAUACAGUGGACUCGCGGUGAAUCCGCUAAUGGAGUACGUAUAUGGCACAAACUGUGUUCUUGCCGCGUUACAUAACCCGAACAGACAGUACUAUUCCAGACUACUGUAUUCCACUGGUCACGUCAACCCUAAAAUCGAGGAGGUAAUUAAGGAAAGAGAGAUAGAAAUAGAGUGUACCAAGACAGAUAAGCACGAACUCAACCUUUUAACGAAAAAUGGUGCGCACAAUGGUGUUGUACUAGAAACGAAACCCAUCGAACCAAAAGACCUUUCGUACCUUGGGGUGGUGCACCCGGAGAAUCCCACUUUCGAAGUAAUAGAAGACGCAGGAUUGUCAACAGUCAAAUACGUAGAUAGCGGGACGAAGCAAUUCCCGUUGGGGGUGUACUUGGACGAGAUCACGGACCCGCACAACUUGGGUGCGAUCAUCCGCAGUGCAUACUACCUUGGAGCCGAUUUCCUCGUCGUGUCCCAAAGUAACUGCGCCCCCUUGUCCCCCGUGGUGAACAAAGCCAGCAGUGGGGCCAUGGAGUUUAUGCUGGUAUACUCCGUAGAUAAUCCUGUCGAAUUCGCCGCCAAGUCGCAAGACGUGGGCGGAUGGACGUUCGUGGCAGGCCACUUGGCCGAUCCCGCUAAGAAGGGGCAAUACGACGGAAAGAAUAUCCCAAUGACGGAAUUGAGCACACUACCCACAAGAAGUCCAACCAUUCUCAUGGUCGGAAAUGAGGGGGCCGGGGUGCGAUCCGCUCUCAGAACGAAGAGCGACUUCCUCGUGCAGAUCCCCACGGCAAGACCCGACUCUCCAGUAGAUUCACUGAACGUUAGUGUGGCAACCGCUCUACUUCUGAACCACCUACUCCCCGCAGAAUGA